AAAAAAAAAAAUCUUCAGAGAGUUGAAGUGAUAUGGAGCUGUUAGUAGUCAUUACUGUGCUUUGUUUUAGCUUCUUGGCAUUGCAAACACCUUGUACUUCCCUGCAAAUCCAGCUGCAAUCAUCAACUGAACAAGGAGCAGCAAAAGGAGUUCAGCUUUCUCUCCCCACACUGCCAAGGAAGCUCAGAUUCACUGAGGAAUUAGUAGAAUUUAAAGGAAAUGGAGCUCAACAUUCAAUUUCAAACACCAAGCAGAAGGAAGAUGUUUCAGGGAAAGCAUACCAGAAAGAGGAAGCUAGAGUUCAUGGAAGUCGAGGCACAAGGCAUGAAUGGGUGGAGGGCCCCGACGUUUCACAAUAUUUUACGAUGGAUUAUUCCAACGUAAGAAGACGACGACCCAUACAUAACAAGUCACUGCCGGUUGGUCCUUGAAACAUGGGGAUGAUACCCUUAGUUUCUGCUUGCUUGCUUGCUGCUGCUGCUGCUUUCAGUCCCCCAAGAGUACAGAACAAACAUUUUAGGAUCACAAUUUUGUUAUAAAAAACACACAGUAGUAGUCAUGCUUUUUGUAAUUAUCCAUAUGAGGAAUAUGUCUUGUUUUCUUUCCGUUCA